AUGAAGCAUUUAAUUAUGAAGCACUUAUUAUUUACCGUUUUAAGAAAAAUAAAGACAAAUGAUAAGAUUAUAAAAGAUAAAAAUUGUACACAUAAAAUAAGAAAAGUGAAGAAGAAAGAAAUAUUGUUAUUUAAUAAAAUUUCGAAAAUGAUUGAUAAAAAAAAAAAGCGAAAUAAAGAAUUUUAUUUUUUCUAUUUCAAAGAAAUAAACACCAAAAAAAAAUAUAACAAAUGCAUAAAAAUAUCACAUUUCUAUUCAAAAUUUAAAGCUAAAAAAAAUAAGGAAAAUCAAAAUAACGAUGAUCACGUAAUGGAUGAUCAUUGUAAGGUUAAAGAAGUAUUGAAUUUGAAAUGUUUAUAUCCAAACAAGCAUAUGCUGAUUAAGGAUAUAACCAAAUCGAUACAAAAUAAAUUAAUGAGAGAAUGGUGGAAUGACGGAAAAACAAAAAUAUUAUCCUAUAAUAUAAAAGAAGAUACAAUAAAAGAUAUCUCAAUUAAUAAUUUAUUUAUGAUAUUAAAUGAUAUAUUAUGUCUGUCUUCUCAUAAUUUUAUAAAUCCUCAAAAACGAAGACAUUUUGCUAUAUAUAUGAUUUACGAUAAUUUUUUCCAAAUAAUCGAUUUAUGUAGUAAUAGGUCCUUCGGAAUGGAUAUCAGAAACAGAUGUUUCUCAAAAUUAAAUAUGAUUAUCACUCUCACUCAAAAUAAUAAAAGUAGUGAAAACUAUUAUGAUGAUAACAAAAAUGGAGUAAUAUAUAUAACAAUGUUACACAGAAUAAAUAAAAUAAUAAAAAAUUGUAAAAUGAAUGAUAUAUUAUUUUGCAUAUAUUUCAGAAAAUUAAACGAAUAUAAUUCAUACAAAAUAAAAGGAAUGAUACUAAAUAAUAAUAAUAAAGACAAUAAUAGAAAUGUAUUACAUCAAAGUAUAAAUAUUUUUUAUUAUUACCCUUUAUAUAAUAUUAUUAACGAAACAGUGAUUUAUUCUAUAAAUAUAAACAUGCUUAGUUUCUGUUAUUUUAAUAAUAAAGGAAGUAAUAAUUUAUUUUUAAAAAUAUUAAUAUAUAAAAAAUUAUAUUAUAUAUUAUUAGCAUAUUAUAAAAUAUGGAGUAAUAGAGAAGUGUUGUUGGCUUGUUUUUUUUAUACCGUAGUAAAAUUUGUAAUGCACAUAUAUUUAUAUAUAAUUGUGUGCCUUUAUUAUUUUUUAAUAUCUUUCUAUAAAUUUAUUAUAAAUAUUGUAUUGUGUUUUUUAAAAUACAAAAUCAAUUUAUUUUGUAAUGUUGAGGAUAUUCAAAAGAAGAAAAUUUUAAUACCGAAUUUUGAAAAAAAUGAAAUCAGCAAUUCAUCCUUUUUACACCUCUUUAAAAUAACAAUUAUCCCCGAAGAUAAUUAUAUAGAUACAAAAAUAAAAAAUUCUAAGAAAAAUAUUAAAAUAGAUGGAGAAUAUAAAAAUAUACCAUAUGUGAAUCGAAAUUCGUAUUUGUUUAAUAUGUGCUUGAAAAAUGAAAAAAAUGUUUUAUCACGACAUUUUUCUUUUUUUCCAAUAAUUUGUUCGAUGGAAAACAGUACCUAUAUCAACAAUGACGAGAAGAAAAACAAAAAAUGUAUUCUUUUACUAAGUAAAAAAAUUAAUAAAAUAAUGAAAGUUUCCCAAAAAAUAAAAAAAAAAGGAAUAUCAAAAUGUAGCUACAAAAAUAAGAUAAACAAAAAUGGAGCUAGCUAUAAUAGAGAAUUAAUACUGAUAAAAAAUGAGAAAAACCAUAAAGUAAAUAUGAAAUGUUGGAAGGAAUACGAAAAAAAGAAAGAGCAAACUGAAACUGAUGGAACCAUAUCUGGUUCAUAUUUUGAAUGUGAAGAUGAACAUGAUGAAGAAGAAGAAGAUGAAGAAGAAGAUGAAGAAGACGAAGAUGAUGAGGAAGAUGAAAAAGGAGAAGAAGAAGAUAAAGACGAGGAAGAAAAAGAAGAAGAGGAUGAAGAGGAAGAAGAUGGGGAAGAAGAGGAAGAAGAGGAUGAAGAGGAAGAAGAUGAGGAAGAAGAAGAUGAAGAUGACGACGAAGAAGAUGAUGAGGAAGAAGAUGAAGAUGAUGAAGAUGAUGAAGAUGAUGAAGAUGAGGAAGAUGAUGAAGAUGAAGAAGAAGAUGAGGACGAAGGAAAACGUCGUAAUCAAUAUAAAAAGGGAAAAAUAUAUAAUAAAAAAAAAUACAAAAAAAAUUACAAAAAAAAUUACAAAAAAAAAUUCACAAAUGCUAUAAAUGAGGAAUCAGAAAGGGAAACGACAAAAGAAGACAACUAUUACUUUAAGAAAAAGGAGUUAUAUCUUAAGAAAAAAAAUAAAAAUUUUAAACAUAAUUACAUAUAUUUGAAUAAUUUAUAUAAAGAAAACGCAUAUAUAAAUAUUGCAAAUAUUUCUAAUUUUAUAUCCGUAAGCAAAGACAAACUAACAGCCAUGUAUUCUGCUUGGGGCAAGCAUGCAGAUAUCGCAUGUGUUCAGAUAAAUAAAUGUGCUUUGCGAGAUUGUAGUAUUUAUUAUUUUGAAGUCGAAAUAUUACAGUGUACGAAUUUUUCAAAAAUAGUUAUUGGAAUGACUAGUAAAAAUUAUACCGUUAAUAAAAACCCAGGUUUUGAAUAUAAUUCAUUUGGCUAUAAAAGUGAUGAUGGUAAAAAAAUCAUCGAUGGAAAACUUGAUAGUUAUAGCAGUGGAUAUACAAAAAAUGAUAUAAUAGGUUGUGGCAUUAAUUAUUAUGAUAAUAGUGCCUUUUUUACAAAAAAUGGAAAAUAUUUAGGAAAAAUAUGUACUAUAAAUCCUAAAUAUGAUUAUUAUGGGACUGUUGGUUUAAGUACAUUAGGAGAUAAAAUUAAAUUUCAUAUGAAUAAUUUUAUUUUUGAUAUUUAUAAUUUAAUACAUGAAGAAAAUGAAAAAGAAAGAAAAAUUAUAAAAUCAAUUUAUAUACAAAAAGAUAUUUAUUCAGAUAUUAUUAAAGCACAUUUAAUAAAAUCUGGAUAUUUAAAUACAUAUAAAUCUUUUAUAAAUUUUUUAGAUCAAAACAAAAAUGCAGAUGAUAAUAGUAGCUCUGGAUGCUCUUCACACACAAAAAAUUGUAUAGAUAAUAUGCUCAAAAAUAAAUAUAAUUUACCCCAAAAAUCUUUGGAUAAAAAUGAACCCAUUACAUCGAAUAUAAAGGAUAAUGCCAAAAUAAUCAAAGACAGCGAAAAAAAUAACAAUAAGGAAAAUGAAGAGGUCAAAUUGGAAGAUACUGGAUGCAAUGGGAAUAAUGGCAAUGCUGAAGUUUGUCCUUCAACUGACCCUAUUAAUGAAAAUGCCAAUACCCCCAAAAUGAAUACAAAUAGAAAUAAUAAUACAAAAGAUAAUACCCAUAAUGACAAUAGUAACUUGAACAAUAAACAGACAGAUAUUUCACAUAACGAUAAUAAAAAUAUCCAACAUACAUGCCAAGAUGAUGAAGUGCAAAAAUCUAAUAUACAUAAUACUACAGAAACUGGAAAAAACUGUGAAGAUUCAAUGAGGAUUGUUUCUAACACACAUGAUGCUUCUACAAAUACCGAAAUGGUUAUAUCAAACGAAGAUAAAAAUAGUUCCAUAAAUAAUAAAAAUUGUGAUAAUAAAAACUUGAUGGAGAGUGUUUUAAUUAGCUAUAUAGAUAAGUUUGAUAGAUUGAAUAAGGAUGAUAAUGUGAAUAAUGAAAUAUCAGCGAAAUGUGAUAAUGAAGAUGCAGAAGGGAAAGAAUGUAAAUCUUCUGAAGUCAUAAUAUCUGAUAAAUCUGAGCUAACCAAAAAUGAGAAUAUCGAACAUGAGGAAAAACAUAUAAAUAGUGUAAAAUCAGAUGAAAAAACAGGGAACAACGAAAAAAAUGAAAAAAAUAAUAACGAACUAGCUGAUAAUAUUCCUGUAAAAAAAAAUGAUUCAACUGUGGACAAAAAAACGGAAGAGGAUCAAAAAUAUGAAGAUGAUGAAAAAAAAAAUAAAAUUGAAUCUUUAGAAACAAAUGUGGUUAAAAGUUUCAACCCUGAUUUACUUAACAAUUGCACAAAUGCGAAUAUGGAUAGUAUUUUAUUUCCAUCUCGAAAAAAUAAUUUAAGUAGUUUAAUAAAUGCAAGAAAAGAUUCAAGUUCAAUAUUAUUGAGUAGAUUAAGGAAUAAAAGAAGUUUAAGCACAAAAGAUAAUUUAAAUAUGUUAGGAGCAAAUCUUACGAGCACUAAAAAAGAAGCUAAAAAAAAUGAGACUGAUAUUAAUAAAAAAAUUCAUCUUUUAUUUACAGAUAAAUUUAAUAUUAUAAAUAAUAAUGAAAAAAAUAAAAAAAAUAAAAAAGAAGGAAACAAAAGUUCUUCUGAUAAAGAAAACAUACCAAAACAUUUUAGAAAUUUAUAUUUAUCUGAUGAUAAAUUAAAAAGAAUGCAAGACACAUUAGAAAUGAGAAAUACUAUAAGAAAUAACAUACUAAAUGGUAACAUUAUUAAUGUGUUAAAUAUUUUAGAAAAUAAUUAUUCAGAAUUAUUUACUAACGAAAAUGGACAUCUUCAUAUAGCAAUGCUGUACACACAACAAUUAAUAGAAAUUUUAAAACCCCAUAAAAAUUUUAUUAAAAAAAUCGCAAAAAAAAAUCAAAAAAAAAAUCAAAAAAAAACAAAAAAAUAUUAUAAUAAUAAUUUAGAAGAGGAUACAUUAACUCAAUCCAGUUUGGAAUCACAUGAAACUAUAAGUGAUGAUUAUUUUUAUUAUGACACUAAAACGGAAUGUGAUUCCUCGGUUAGUCUAUUUUGUGAUAGUUCAAAUAACGAAGAAAAUAAUUUCGACCCAAUGAAAAUAAAUAUAUAUAAAAAUGAGAUUAAAAAUGGAUGUAGUAGUGUUAGAAAACAAAAAACAAAUUUGGAUAAUUAUAAGACUAAUACAAGUAAAAUAAUGGAAGGUCAAAAUAUUGGCACUGACACUAGUACAUAUAGUAGCAGCAAAAAAUGUAAUAGCGAUAAAUGUUUCAAUAAAAAAGAAGAAAAUAAUAUUUCAUGUGAUGUUUUUGAUCAAACUAUGAAUUUUACUCCACUUAAUGGAGAUAUAUUAAAAGAUAAUAAUACAACAGAACAAGAUAAAAAUGUUAUAAAUUUUAAUAAAAGUGAAAACUCUAACAAUUCAGAUAACGUACUUAACAAUAAAAUAGAUAUAGAAAAAGAUAAAAAUAUUAUUGUGAAUAAAUCCGAUUUAAAAGAUGAUGAUAAUUUGAAUACAAAAAAAAUGGACCAAAUUAUAUAUAAAAGUAUACAAUCGAAUUAUGAUAAAGAAUUUUUUGCGAAAAAUAAUUUACAAGAAGAAUAUCAACUACAUUAUAAUAAGUUAUCAAAAGAAUAUGAAUUUUUUGAAGAUGAUAAUCCAUAUAAAAAUAAAAAAUGCUAUUAUGGAAAUAUUUCUAAUAGCGAUAAAAUAAGAGGCAAUGAACAGUAUAUAAAUAAUAGUAAUUCAGAAAGUGAAAUCAAUUCAGAUUAUGAUAGUAAUGAUUCAAAUUUUAAAAAAAAAUAUUAUGAAUUUAAUGAUAUAGAUUUUGAUCAAAUAUAUAAAUAUAUUUAUAAAAAAAAUAAUGUGUCAGAAAAUGAUAAAUUCAAAUUUAAAAGAGAUCAUUUAUAUUUAGCAUUAUUAUGGAUAAGAGAAAAAUUGUCUUUAUUUAACAAUUCUCAACACCCCGCUAUUCGACAAUGUAUUCAAGAUAUUACAUCUCUAAUUGCUUAUCAUAAACCAUAUAAACAAAAACUUGUUCGAAUGUUUUUUUCAAAAAAUAGGAAUCUCCUAACAUUUAAUUCCGUCAACGAGGGUAUUUUAGGUUUGUGUCUUAAUGUGCCCAUAUAUUCCCCACUGGAAAUUAUUAUAAAGCAUUUAAUUUUAUGCCGAAAUUUAUUGAGAGAAAAAAAAGGGAAUAUCGGUAUAAAAUAUGAUUGUAGUUAUGUAUGUCAGCCUUACAAAAGAUACAUGAUUACAAUUAAAAAUCAAAAAAAAAAAAAAAUAUAUUUUAAAGAAACCACAAAUAAAAAAAAAGAAAAAGGAAUAUUAAGUGGGAAAUUCACUGAAGAUAAUAUAUUAUCAGUUUUUCAAUAA